AAGAUCGUCAAUAAUAGCAAACGCGAAGAGAGUAUUAAUUGUGUGUUAAGUAACGCUCUGACGGUUAUUAAAGACAAGAAUCAGACGAUUAUUCCGUUGAGAAGCAAUUUGGGUAAAGAGUUGUUUAAGUUUUUCAAACUUCCCUUCAAUUACGGGUCGAGUAAUGGCGUCACGGGGUUGUCGCCAAUCAAAAUGAGUCUUAAGCUCUCGGCAUAUAAAGAUUUACUCAAAGAGACGGCGGCUCACGAUCUUCACAAAGAGGUGACACUCAGUCUCAUAAACAGUGCGCUCGAGAACAACGCCGAAGAGGCGGUGGAAGAGUCGGACAGACUUACGCUCGAAGAGAUGGAAGUAUUCUUAUCCCAAAUAUGCGAUCCACUCAUUAAUGGCAAGAACUCUGGUAUUGAUAUCGACGAGAAUGACGAGGACUUCAUCGACGAACAGCUGUUAUUGUCUCGUUUUAUUCACUUCUUAUUUUUGCCGCAAUCCCUGCAAAACAGCACUCAAUUAGAC